CGCCCCUGGUUGCCCCUGGAAACCUAACAGCCGUAGGCCGCAGUCCCUGGUGCUGGCCGAACCGGAGGGAGAUGGACGGCCACUCCGAGCACAGUGUGGACCCGGAGGGGGACUUCGAAGAUGUGACGAGCCUGGCCUCGAGACUGUCCGGCAUCAAGGCCAGCUCUGGCCCCCAGUCCCCGCCCGAACCCGCGGACGCCGCGGAGUCGGAGCCGCAGCCGGAGGAUGUGGAGCCUUCGGAGAGAGGAGCCGCCGCGGCCGAGCCCGAUGAGCCGGCCGAGCCCGCCGAGCCCGCCGAGACCCGGGAAGGGCUGGCGGCCGCCGCCGCUGCGGGCGAGGAGGGGCCCCGAGAGCCGGAGGGGUCGGCCGAGGCGGAGCCAGGGGAGCCAGCCGAGGCCGGGCCUGAGGAGCCAGACAAGCCGGAGUCCAAAGGCGGGCCCGAGGAACCCGAGGAGGUAGAGGAAAAGGAGGAGGAGAAGGAGGAGGAGGAGGACGAGGAGGACGAGGACGAGGAGAAGGAGGAGAGGGCGCCGGAACGGAGGAGGAGGAAGGAAGCCCCGUCGCAGGUCUCUCUGGCGCCGUCCACCACGGGAAGACAGGCAGAGGCUGCGCCAGCCCGGGACGCUGAGCCGGAGGAACGGGAGCGGGAGGAAGAGGGCGAGGAGAGCCAGGGCGAGGACGCGGAAGGACGCCGGGGGAAAAGCGAGGAAGAGCUGAGAGGUCUGGAGGAGCUCGGGGAUGAGGAUUAUGAGUGGACUGAGGAGGUGCAGAAGCUGCAGGAGCAGCAGCUGCGCUCGGAGCUCCUGGAGCAGUACCGCUCCCUGACGGUGGAGCGGAGCCGCUACCAGCGCUACAACGUCUACCUGCAGCACAAGAUCUUCGAGGCGCUGCGCAAGAAGAAGGGCCUGGAUGCAGCCGAGCUGCCCGACAAGGGCAUGGAGCCUGAAGCCCCCGAGAAAGAGCAAGCAUACAUACGCUAUCUGGCCUUGCUGGAGGAGCUGAAGAAGCAACAGGCAGACGACCUGGACUGGUAUCACCAGGAGCUGGAGCAGCUGAAGCAGCAAUGCAAGGAGAAGCUCGCCACGGUGGAGAAGGAAUGGCAGCGCUUCCAGGCGCUCAAGAAGCAGGUGGUGAUGCAGGCCAUGGGCAGCUGUUGGAUGAAGGGUGGUCGCCAGGCCGCUCUGCGAGAAGUGGAGCAGAUCCAGGCGUUGGAGGCUAAGAAGGAGAAGGAGAUGAGUGCUGUGAGGCUGGAAAACGUGCAACUGAAGCAGAGCUUGGUGCAUUUUGAAACCAGGAUGAGGGCCCAGGAGGACAUGACCGAGGGGCUUCUCCUCAUCGAUUUUGAACAGCUUAAGAUUGAGAACCAGACUUUCAAUGAGAAAGUGGAGGAGCGAAAUGAGGAGCUUUUAAAAUUGCGCAACAAGGUGACCAACAAUGUGCAAAUCAUAACCCAUGUGAAGGAAAAGUUACACUUUGUGGAUAUAGAAAAUUCAUACAAAAAGUCAAAACUUUUGGAAAUUGAAGCUCGGGUGGCCCUGAGGAGGGACCUCUUGACCAAGAUUAAGCAAGUCCGGGACAACCUGCGGACUGACAACAUCAAGCUGAAUCAGAAGUGUGGGCUUCUGGGCAAGGAGUCACUCCUUCGGGACAUGGAAGAGAAGGUGGAUAAGACAGAACUGCUCAACCAGCGCUUAGAGUCCCUGAAGCGCCAUCAUGCUGGCCUCACUCUGUCCUGCAGAGGCGUGAAGCAGAAGAUCAGGGAGGCCAAAGCCUUUCUCCCCUCUUGAUGCGAAUGAGAAGAGUGAGCAGAAUGUCUUCAAUCUUGGCGAACUCUAUCCAUUAACUUUUAUUCUCCAUUUGUUACUAUUCCGUAAAAGGCCAAUGAUAUUUAGGAUGGAACUACAUUUUGUAUUUAUCUCAUAAUUUUUCAGUUUCCAAAUUAGUGCGGAGCACAAAAUUGGGUCAGCAGUCAGUGUUAUGUGGGGCGAAGGAAAAUACGUCUAGAGAAACCAACGGAGGGUGAUUUAAUGUACCGGACUCAUAAAACGCUGUCAAAAGCCUUUUUAUAUCUGAGCAAUUCCAUAAUUUCAGUAACCUGAUACUGAGGAGAACUGUUCCUUUUCCAUAUGGAGGAGAGUUUAACAGAUGGGCAGGGUACCAAAAAAAUUCCUGUGCAUUAAGCUAAUUAUUAAACCCCCUUCGAAUUUAUUAAACUGUGUAGUCCUGAGUCACUGUCUCAAUUCAAGGCUCACUGAUUCCCUUUUAGAUUAAAAUUGUUUUGUAUGUAAGUAGCACUAGCUUCUGGGAUAAUAAAAAAUAUCCAGGAAACAGGAGAAAUGAUAAAUAGGAACAGGAGCUGAAGUUCCUUCAUCUUUCCUUUCUCAGUGAAAGGAGGCUCAGUCUGCUUAACCGUUACAUGUUUGUUUCUGGCUCAAGGACAAUCGUCAAUUCUAAUGAGACGUUUUCUCGGAUCCACUAAAGAAAAGCAUUCAUCUUGACAAAAAAUGAAAUUUUGUUUUCCAGUGAAAACAAAACGAUGAUUGUAUUGUGUGUUUUGCCAGGUGCACAAUCUAUGGAGUGAUGACUGCGGACUGUCCACAGCCUUUUGUUUUCAGCGAGAUAUUUUUGGAUCUUAGCAAUAGGACCCUUGUUAUGCAUAUGAUUUUACUCUAUCAAAUAUUAAAACGUCUGUUACUCCUUGUGUUAAUGUAAGAAAGAAAUACUUGGUAGGUCUCUCUCCUUAAUCAGUGAUGAACGUUUUCAGUUUCCUUUGAUGUUUUUGGAGCUAGGAGCUUGGUUUUAUUAAUCUUAGGUUGAAUUUUGAGAUGUGCAGAUUUAGGAUUAAAAGUAUUCUCCCACCCCUAAGCUUAAGUGGAUCAUAUGGAGAGCGAUCUGUUUUGGGGUGCUAAAUACCUUUAAAGAGUGGUGGAAACCCCACUCUAGGCAGAUGACUUGGUUGGUCAUAAGAAUGUCAAAAUAUCUUUUGAUGACAUGAUUUUGUUUUCUAAAGUGUGUUCCCUUUGAAGCCAACAAAGGUUGAUUAAAAUUCCUUUUCUAACUUCCACAGCUUGAAUACGCUUUGUUAUAAUACUGUACUUAUCAAACCAUACAACCGUUAACAACGAGGGGAGUAAAAAUGUGACUUCCAGCUUCCACUCUCCUUAUCCUCUACAAUUCUCCUUCCCUCCACCCUGUUUGUCAGGCCAAAGUGAAGUAGUAAAUCACUGGCAAAUACAGCUUUGUUUUCUUUGUGCCUCAAACUAAAAGCAGCACAGGCCCACUGGGUUCUUCUGCGGUGGGGAGGCUUCAAAGGGAAACGGGCAGUACGCUGGGUGCCUUCACCAAGCGAGCAGCCUCCAUUAGGAGCGCUGCCAGCCCUUCCGUUCACUAGAGGGAGAACGAACUCGUAUGUUCAGCUGAUUUUGACCUGUUGGCAGUUACCCAGAUAGAACCAAAAUCCCUCGUCGGCCUUGACCUGUGUGGCAAGCAGGUCUCUGAGCACAAAGAUUCAGAGAUUGAUGAGGCUGGCAUUACUUUCAGCUGCAAAGUCACCCAUGUUCUCUCAAAUUAUAUUACCUCAUGCUGGAGAUGUUACAACUAACUAGAAGAUAGAUAAUCUGCUGUUGGUUACUUCCUAACAGGCUUCUAAUCAGAUUACAGAAGAGCUCUUUAAUCAUGAAAUAGCAGCACAUUCAGAUUGUUUCUUAAGAGAGAUUGCUUCUGAGGAAGAAUGCCACAAACUCUAACGCACCUUCUGCCCAGGAUGCCAAGGAUGAAUACAAACAGGUAUCUAGAAGGAGAAGACACAGUGUAGUGCUCGAGAACAAAGACUCUGGAAUCAGGCGAACCUGGAUUCAGUUCUCUUCUGAUUGUGACCUGGGAUAAACACUUCAACUUUCUAAGCUUCAAUGUACUUACUUGUAAAAUGGGGACACGUUUAUUUUAUAGAAGAAAAUGUCAGAAUAUGAGAAAAGUUCUCUCUGGGUGGCGAAAUUGUGAUUUUUAUUUUCUUUGUGCUUUUCUGUAUUUCCAAAUUUUAUAUAAUGAACAUGCAUUUAAUUAGGGGAAAAAAAUCCCAAUUUUUUAAAUUCCUAAGUUCCCCAAGAGUGCAAGAUACUAAAAGUUUACAUGUCUAGA